UCAGGCUGUUUCGACGGACUAAGCUGACCAAGACGAGACCCAUCACCUGCCCUGACGGCUGGCGGUGCUUGGAAGCUUACAGCCAGCCACGAGACUGCGGUGGCUUAUUACCAUUCCUGUACACAAAACAUCAUGCAGGCUGCAUUGAUUCCAAGCCUCAACGUCCAUUAAGUAUAUGCGGAGGGGCUGAUCAACAUAAAAUCCGACAAUGCAAUGUUCACAACUAUCUCAUACUUCUAGUGUUGCUGGCCUUUCCUCGGUACUAUUCUCGUCUCCUAUCGAUGAAAGCGUUUAUCCAACAGUAAAGGCGGUGUUUUCUGGACCGGCUGGAGACGCUGGAGGCUUGGAUCUGAUAUCAGGUUCCAAAGUACCGAAUGGUCGCCAAACGCAGCCGUCGAAGUCAGUACAUCGUGGGGCGGCUACUCCCGUUUGCUCAUACAGAAUGUAUUUUACGGAGGUGUGCAGACCGCGCACGGAAAGGCUGUGUCUUGCUAUUGUAUACUACUAUUCUAGCAUCUUUGGUGCGCUUCGCAUGGCUGCAAGCUUUCGGUCGCUUCCUAGCUUGACUGUGUCGAUUCUUACGACUCAUUGCGUUCCGCGAGCUCAACACCUACGGGAGAAGCGCGUUGAUGUCCGGAAUCAGCGGUGACCAUACGCUGUAGCAACUGAUGGAGACGACUCCACUAGUGGCCGAGUGUGUGCCUAGCGAUGCGGGAGGCUGGCCGGGUAUGCUGGCGUGCUGCUGCUGCCUUAGUGUUGAUUGAAUACUCCAAAAGUACAUAUUGCCAUGGUCCACUUGCGCUAUAACAGUGUCGUGCAUGUCCACUCUCGUGUCCAAG